CCGACGUGCAGCAGAAGGGCGGUCGCGUGGCCAGUCAUCUACGGCGGUUAAUAGCGGCCAUCGGGCAAAAAUGAUUUUUGGUGUUGAAGUACGCUCACCGCUGACCUCACCGCUAUAUGAUGCUUAUUAUUACUCUAUGUACAGUAUUUUAUUUAUUCAUCAUGGUGUUGAUCAUGGUACGUCCAGCCAUUAAUCUUGAGCCGUACAAGGCUGAGAUUAUUAGUCUAUUCCAUGAGGACUAUUCUACAGUUUAUAUUAUCUCUAUUAUUAAGGCAUGACACUAUGUACAAGUCCGCGAGCAUAUAAUUAAGACCAGGUUGAGUGGUUGGGAUAUUAGCAAGUGUGAUUAUAUAGUUACUACUGAUUCUUCUCUACACAGCCGGAUCAAGGAGUUAUUCUUUAAGAGAUACCUCUCUGAUACAGAGAUUCUAUAUACUCUACGGGCUGAAGAAUAUACUGUCUUUUUAUAAAUA